AUGGCGACCAACAUCCCCACAAAGCUCAAGGAGGCGGGCAUUACCCCGUUCGUGGUGCGUGGCAACCAGCUUCGCACAGCAAAGCCCGUGAUAUCGUAUUGGUGUGACUACUGGGUCGUGAACCAGAUCCUGGCCAAGCAGCUUCACAAUGCCGACGAUGAGUGCCUGCAGUUCACCACGGUCAUGAUGGACCAGCUGGAAGAGAUGAAGGCGAACAACCAAGGCAACUCGGCUAUACUGAACGACGAUGAGGGCCGAGCAGAGGUCGAGCAGUUUGCCCAAGAAACAUUAGAUCGCGCCGUGCGACCCAUGAAGGCCAACAAAGUCAGCAAACAGACCGCCAUCACCUUCGAAGCCGCUGCGACAUUCCUGCAGCUCGUCAACAUCUGGGGUCCCCUCGACGCCGAGACGGAGAAGAAGAUCAAGUUCGCGAGGUGGAAUGCCGCGAGAAUACUGCGCGCCAUCAGGGAGGGCAAGGAUCCGAAUGAGUCGAACCCCAAGAUGGAAGACGAGGACAGGGUGGACGAAGACGACCCAGAGCUCCAAGCUAUCAUGGCCGGCCAAGCGCCAAAAGCCGCGACGGUGGAAGACGUGCCAGACGAAGGAGGAAGAGGAUAUCUAGGCCCAAAUGCCGCAGCAGCAGGAGCCAGCGCAGCAUACUCGGUAGCACCCGUCUCGGCACCCACGUCGCCGCCGCAGAGCUCAGCCCCGGCUCCCGACCAGGUCUCCCCGAUCGCCCCGUCCGCGCCGGACGGGUACUUCCCUUCCGCCCCCGGGGCAGCGGACGACGACCCGCCCCUCGAGCUCCCAUCCGCGCCAGAUGCGCUGCAAGACCAGGACCCCGACCUGAGUAUCCCAAGCCCACCAGCCGCUGCGCCGUCAGCCACGAGCCCAGCAGGACCGUCCUCGGCACCAUUCGCGCCGCCGGUCCUGCCUGACACGCCCCACGAUUUCUACCACCCAACGCCAUCGGACCUCUCGACCCCAUUCCAACCACCGCCGCCGCCACCUCAGCAGCCCUCGCAGCCGGCGUCCCAGCCCCCACCCCCCUCGUCACACUACCAGCAGCAGCAGCCGCCGAUCCAGCCCCCGGCGCACCAGCCACAGCAUCUGCCGGCGCCCAUCGCGCGGCCCCCCGCCGCGCAGCAGUACGGCGGCGGCCCGCCCACCAAUGCCGUGUACAACGCAGAUGACCUGGCGCAGGCGCAGGCGCAGAAGCAUGCGAAGUGGGCCAUCUCGGCGCUGAACUUUGAGGACGUACCCACGGCGGUGCGGGAGCUGAAGGCGGCGCUGGCGGCGUUGGGCGCACAGUAG